GUGGAGCAUCAUCAGCAUCAACAUCAGCAUCUGGUCUUCACUACAGAUUGUUUGUAAUUCACUUGAUCCUCGCAGACGGGAUAGGUCAUGGUCGGGUCAAUGACCAGCUAAGUAACUGCAGGUAUUUUGACAACGGGUCUGUUUUUCUUCGACUGACCCACUGCUCCGGCAGAUGAUACUAUGACCUGGACUGUGUUUGGGGUUCAACAGUCACACUGUACUCGAGUGUUUACACAAGUCCACUGUCCCCGAUGAUCAGAUUCCGUGACAUCACGAUCCACUCCCUGGAAUAUUCUGCAGCUAGACGAGAAGGGAGAGGAAACUUUCCAUCAACCAUGAGAUCUGCUGGGCAUGACAAGCUAGCCUUAUCAGCGGGUCCGACUACUGAUAGGAAGGCUAACAUACGAGACUAGGAGAUGGCGAGCCACUGGUCUCAACUGUCAAAAGUAUGUCCCUGGUUUACCUGACUUACUAUCGAGUGAAUGCAGCAGACACAUCAGCGAUCCUACCAAACGUCCUGCUGGUGCAUUCUGGGAUACCACCACCUGUUCAGUUUCUCAUGACCGCCCAGAGAUGGCAGACACACACAAGCCAGGGGACUGUGUGUCGUUGCGUUGAUCAUCUCCAUCAGCCGAUUUGCAUCACGAAGCGAAGAGGACAAAGAGAUAAGAAGCUAUCCUCUGUGCUAUUCCCGAUGUACAUGUCACUGUAGAGAGGAAGGUUGGAAGUUGAGACAGUCACUCAGCUCACUUGGGACUGAACUGGAUGAUGAUGGUCAAAGGAACUUCUUUCCCUAUCUCCUGUUGGUCUAACAUAAGUCGGGAUGAGGACCUUCACUGUCCAACUUUGUUGUGCACUCCUGCUGGUGGCAUGGACAUCAACAGCCGAGAGAAGACAGGCACGAGUCCUAUCACCCGCGUCCCACAUUCAGGUUCUAAAGACACACGGGGAAAAGAGGUCUUCCAGUGGGGAUGCAGCAUCUGACGAAUACUCCCUUCCUGCCAAAACGCGACUUUCAGAAAAUAGGCAGGAGAGUGAUCUCCCCGAACAUCCAGCAGACGACACGCACACCACCAGCAAGAGAACAACCCGUAGCAGACGCACGCGCAGGACAUUGUCAACAUUGUCGCCACCUUACCAGUGCAAUCAGACGACAGAGAUGUCCACACCACCGUCCCUGCCGACCACAGCGAGGAAGGAAGAGCAGAGAACUCUUCUUCGUGGCACGCCCACAUCCACGUGGACCAGCUGUUCAACACGUCCUCGGAGCUCAGCGAGAUCGCGUACAGCGAGACCAAGUACUUCCUGGACAAGAUCUUCAACAAGUAUGGCGCCAGCUCCUCCAUGACACUACCGGAUCUGACGCGGCUGAUACAGAACCUGGGAUUAUCUGCGGAAGAUGGCGGCCCAGACGCCGAGGAUGGAAGUGACGUCACGUCAGGGAAAUCGCGGCGGCGGAAGAAGAGUGUGACGCAUGUGCACUCCAAUCAUUCGGACUGUCACUUCAUCACAGACCUACUGUGGGCCUUUCACUUCGACAGUCUCACCACCUUGGACACGAGCCACUUCUUGCUCCUCUGUCCUGCACUCAUUGACCAGCUGGACAACGGGGACUGCCACAGACAUCAACGCCAUCACCACCACCACCAGGACAACCAUCUCGACACUGACUCGGACCACGACACAGUGGCCUUAGACCCUGUAUCCGUCGGCAUCGCCAGCAUUCCUGCUCACGCAUGGCUCUACAGUUUUGUGGCUGUCUUGAUUAUCUCCCUCGUGGGGCUGCUGGGCGUUGCGGUUAUCCCCCUUAUGCGCAAGUUGUUCUACAAGAGCCUUCUGCAGUUCCUCAUCUCGCUGGCUGUGGGAGCUUUGUCUGGAGACGCACUUUUGCAUCUGCUUCCACACGCAUUAGUGGAAGAGGAAGAGAAUCACGGGGCAAAGGAGGUCACAGUUCAGACAGUGUCUGGAAGGGUCUCGUGGCACUGGUGGCUCUUGUCUUCUUCUUUGUCCUGGAGCGUGUCCUCCAUGUCGUGACAUCCCAACGCGCUAAACGUCGACAACAGAAAAAAAUUGGAAGCAAUAUUUCGGGACUAGCUAAUGACAAUGGAACGAGUAUGAUGUCCCCACUGGUUCUUACCAUUCUGCCUGGUGGCAUAGCUUCAUCAAACGAAAUUUCAGUCACAGAGAAGGGUAUAAUCAGCGACAAAGACAACAUUCACGACAGCUACGUCAGCGCCACUGCUGAUGAUGCCCAGCAUUCGAACCACAACCACGGUGACCCGGGAGGUCAUGGUCAUGGUCAUGGACACGCCCACCUGUCCGAGAUGCCGGACUCCGUGGCGGCCGUAGCCUGGAUGGUCAUCCUAGGGGACGGAAUUCACAACUUCAGUGACGGGCUGGCCAUCGGGGCCGCGUUCGCCAACAGCAUCACCGGCGGCUUCAGCACGUCUGUCGCCGUCUUUUGCCACGAGCUGCCUCACGAGAUAGGUGACUUCGCCGUCUUGCUCUCCUCCGGCAUGACAGUAAAACAGGGGCUGACCUACAACGUCCUGUCGUCUGCUCUCUGCUUCUUGGGAAUGGUGGCGGGCAUGCUGCUGGGCCAGGUGAAGAGUGCCUCCAUUUGGAUCUUCGCUGCUGUGGGCGGCAUGUUCCUGUACAUCUCGCUGGCUGACAUGUUGCCGCAGCUGUCCACCGCUGGGAAUCAGUCUGGAAAAGCCGCCUUCAAGAAUCUGCUUGUUCAAUGUCUUGGAAUUGUUUUAGGCGCCGCAAUUAUGCUGACCAUUGCGGUCUUUGAGGAAGAUCUCAAAAAUAUGUUGGACUAACGAGUCAAAGACUACACCCGAGUAACUUUGAAAACUGAUACACAGUAAGAGUUGAUCCCCUUUGUAACUACUUCAUACGAAGUCCCGAGUCUUAGGACGCAAGACAUCUACCACAUCACAGUAAGAGGUGGUAAAACUAAAAUACUAAUGUGAGGGGAAACAAACUGAUGGAAAACUUCUUACAGGUAUCGUGUAAAGUCUGUUAAAAGGUGGAAUUAAGCCCUCGUGUCGAAUGCUGACAAAGGUCAAGAUUACACGUAACCCCACAAGAGUGACAGUAGAUGAGAGUUACUACCCCACAAUCACCUCUUCUACUCGUGUCCACCGUCAGACUUCUGCAAAUGAAGAAAGUGCUACUUGAGCUGAAACAUUAUUUCUAAUAAUAAUUUGUCCCGAAGAUUCUUCCGCAGCUGUUGGGGAAGUCGUCUGUAACAAAAAAGUCUUAUGUGAUGACUGUAUAAAGGCUUUGCCAAACAUACUCGAAUGUUCGCCCAUAUUUGUCCGAUUAAGAACAGCCUGAAAGCAGACCGACAAUUUCAUUCAGUGGCAUGCGAGCGUACAAGCAACAUAAUCCGCUCAAACCCGAGUAAAAGCGGGCAAGCACACAACACGCGCGUACACACACACACACGGUGUACAUGAAGAACUUUUUAUUGAAACACAAGCUGCCGAGGCUGGAUAUUUCAGAGCCACAGUCGGUAAACACCUUGUCCGUGACGCACAAUACGCUGAAAUCAGUAAAGCUUUGUCGUACUCCAGUAUAAGACUGGUUCUGGCAUUAUUUUCGUAACAACUGACAUCUAAAAAAUAUAAUUAAAGAAUUUUGGCAAUUG